UUGGAGAUAUUAACAGUUUUUUUUUUUAAAUAAAUGUUUUGGACUAAUGAUGGCACCCAUGAUCUGUCCUACCACAGGCCUCUCUCAAUAAGCUGAUGGAGACUCUGGGCCAAUCAGAGCCCUACUUUGUCAAAUGCAUCCGUUCUAAUGCAGAGAAGCUGCCCCUGCGCUUCAACGAGGGCCUGGUGCUCAGGCAGCUCCGCUACACGGGUAUGCUGGAGACCGUGCGCAUCCGCCAGUCAGGCUACAGCAUCAAAUACACCUUCCAGGAUUUCAUCCGCCACUUCCGUGUGCUGCUACCCGAGGGCACCAGUGCCACCCAGGAAGGCAUCGGACAGUAUCUGGGCCAGGUGGACCUUGCUCCCGAUGGAUACCAAGUUGGAAAAACCAUGGUGUUCCUGCGGGAGGUGGAGCGUCAACGACUGCAGGCGUUGCUUCACAGGGAAGUCCUGAACCGUAUCGUCACUCUGCAGCGCCGCUUCAGGGCCCUGCUGGAGAGGAAACACUUCACCAGGAUGAGACUGGCUGCCACAACUAUCCAGGUAACCACCGUUCCCUUCUUAUAGCUUCAUCACCCAGGG